AUGAGCGACCUUGAACCAGAGUCGUGUCGGCGAGUGGUUUUCGACCGAGUGCUGGGCAAAGGGACGUUCAGCACGGUGUACAGAGCGCUGGUGGAGCCGGACAACGAGCACAUAGCUCUGAAAAUCGUUCACCUGCGGAAUAUUGUCAACGACCUCAAAACCGUACAGGAUUGCAUAAACGAAAUCAGCAACCUGAAGAAACUGAAUCAUUCAAAUAUCAUACGAUGUCUGUGGUGGGAUUUUUCGGAUUUUGAACUGAAAAUUGGCUUGGAACUGGCUACCGGUGGAGAUCUAAGACGGAUCAUCCGUGAGCAUUAUGAUAAGUUUAAUCUAAUUAAAGAACCUAUCAUUUGGUCUUGCGCCGUCCAAUUGUCCAGUGCACUUUAUCACAUGCACAAAUCAAGAAUCAUGCACCGAGACAUCAAACCGGCCAACAUUUUCGUGUACGGAUUGAAAGAAGAAAAGAAAUUGCUGUACGAGAGGUGGAAAAAUGUGAAGAUCAAGCUCGGUGACUUUGGAUUUAGCAAAGACAUUACGAACGGUCUGGAUAUGACCUGCCGGUCGGUGCUGGGAUCUCCGCUGUACAUGAGCCCCGAGAGGAUGUUACACCAAAAGUAUUACUUUGAUAGCGACAUAUGGUCAAUGGCUUGUGUCAUGUACGAGUUAGUAGCACUUCAGGCCCCAUUUCAUUUGAAUACCUUAGACAUGAACUUGAUGACCAAAAGAAUAAUAAAUGGAUUUUACCCACCCAUACCUUCCGACAUCUAUUCCAUAAAGAUUACAAAAUUCAUAGAUAGCUGCAUAAUAGUCAACCACAAGUUCAGGCCGAAUAUAUCACAGAUCCUGAGAAUAACACGGAGAGGAUUAGCCGAAUCUCAGAAUACUGCACUUCCAUCGUAA